UCGUGUCUCUCGAAGGGUUCACCGAUGUCAAGCCCAGGCCCAUUCUCCCUGUCUUACUUUCUUGUUCCCAGCCAUAAAACUGCACUGGCUAUCUGCAAUUUCUGGCUUCCACAGCUUUCAACACUUAAAACCCAAGCUGGGUUUUUCAAAACCUUAAGCUAUCAUUGUGAUCCUGCAAAAGGUCUCAAAUUUUCUCAUACUCUUCAAUACAAUCCUCGUAGACAUUCCUGGUUUUUGUCAAGUAUAAUGUUUGCGAGUUCUGGAAGCUCCAUUUGUUGCCAGUCAGGAAUUAAUCAGAUCAAGCCAACUGAAGCAGCUUUGUCGCGCGGGGUUGGCUUCUUUAAUUGCAGAACUGCUCUCUUGCUGAAGUCUUCAUCAUUUCUCUCCGCAAGGAAUUCUCUACACUACAUUGUGGGUUUAAACACGUUCGAUGUAAAGUGCUCCCAGAAGCAAAGUAGACAAACUAUAACUGCUUCAAAAGCAAUUGAGAAGAAAACAAUCAAGAAGGUGGGAAGGAAUGAGCACCACUUAUGGAAGAAAAAAGACUCAGCUGGGUCUGGACAAAAGGCACUCAACCUUGUUAGAAUUGUUUCCGAUCUUCCCAAUGAGAAAGAGGCUAUUUUUGGAGCAUUGGAUAAAUGGACAGCUUGGGAGACAGAGUUCCCACUGAUUGCAGCAGCUAAGGCUUUGAGAAUUCUAAGGAAGAGGAGACAGUGGAUGCGUGUAAUUCAAGUGGCAAAGUGGAUGCUAAGCAAAGGUCAAGGAACAACAAUGGCAACAUAUGACACCCUUCUACUGGCAUUUGAUAUGGAUCAUAGGCUAGAUGAGGCUGAAUCACUGUGGAACAUGAUUCUGCUUACACAUACACGCUCUAUCUCAAAGCGGCUAUUUUCUAGGAUGAUCUCUUUGUACGAUCAUCACGAAAUGAUAAAUAAGAUAAUAGAGGUAUUCGCAGAUAUGGAGGAGUUGAGUGUAAGACCAGAUGAAGAUACUGUCAGGAGAGUGGCACGUGCUUUUCAGGAGCUAGGCCAAGAAGACAAGAGCAAACUUGUUUUGAGAAGAUAUGGGUGUAAAUGGAAGUACAUUCACUUCGAGGGUGAAAGGGUUAAAGUGAGAACUAAUGCAUGGGAUGAAGAUGAAAUCCCAACCAAUUCAAAUGGGAGCACAAUCUGAUCAUGGCUUAGAAACUUAUGGAGAGGAAGUGUAAUCUCUACUGUGUGAUCAGAUGGAUGAUGGAUCUAUGAUUUCAAGUUCUCAAUUCAUAGUCCUAUUCUGGAGUGUCAUGGCUUGGGAAUGUUGUAUCGGGCCAUUAGCCUUGCAGAGUUGCAGGUGAAAACAAAACUUGCCUCCAAGUAAACGGUAGACUAUAGCACAGAAGUACAUGUGUUUCUUAUAACCAUUAAUAUUUCAAGUAUAAUAUGAUAUGCUUUUAAUUUCUAUGGAUCAUCUCUUUUAGCUUUAAUUCGUCUACCAAACCUAUGUGAUUCAACAAGUUGUUUUCUCAUUCAAAAUUGUAUAGAGAAUACACCAGUAGCUAUUUGAUUA